GUCGAUAGGUGCUUUUCAACGUUCUACUUUCUAGCACCCGGAAGACUAUGCAGUUUAAAGAAUGGACACAAGCGUGCGCAGGAUUGAAGUUUCAUCGGAACCAGGGAAAAUCUAUUUCCUGAGAAUAACCUGGGAAGAGGAUCUUGGGUCAGGUUUCAGUGUGGAUUUGUGUGAUGGACAGUCAGCUUGGAGUGGGAAAGUGUCUGAAGAAGAGAUUUCCAAAGAAGCCCAAGAAAUGGAAAUGAAGAGAGACAUUUAUGUUGAUGAGCUCUGUCAGGCUCUGACUGCUGGAGGAAAGCAAACUAACAACUACAGUUUUGAUCUCUCCAGAGAUCCUGCAGACAGCCACACCCUGCAUUUCUCUUAUGAGAAAGUCCUGAAAGACGUAUUUUUCAAACUUGGAUCCGCUGAGCUGCAUACCAUCUCAAAGCCCAUUGAAGUCAUUAAAGAGCUGAUUAACCACGGACUCGACCGCAGCAGCGAGCUACAGGCCAGGAAUGAACACCUGCUGGGAGAGAACGAGAGGCUGGGACGAGAACGAGACUACGUUACUGAAGAGUUGAAGAAAUACGUCCAGGCCAAGGAGGUUCUGGAGCAGGAUCUGUACACUCGCUUUGCCCUGGUCCUCAAUGAGAAAAAGGCCAAGAUAAGAAAUUUGCAGGAGAAGUUGAAACAAGCACAAGAAGAGGUGGAGUCGGAACUGCAGCACAGAGGUGACACAUCUCCUGUUGAGAGCAAAGCGCCAGCAGAGCAAGAUUAUGAGGGAAGCACAGAUGAAGAAAGCAAAGAGAAUGAGAAUCCCAGACCUUCAACGUCAGCCAGAGUUAAACGUGGCCACACCCCACUUGAUGACAGUUUACAUGAUGUCACUGACGUAGCACCCACCCGCAAGCGCCGACAACGAAACCAAAGAGGUGAAAAGGAUGCUGGGAAAGAAGCCCAAGAGCCACAGGAGAAAGGAAGGUCGGGCUCCACCCAGCAGAAAUCAAGUGGCAGCAGUCAGCCCCCAAAGGAAUUUGCAGCCGCAGCCAGGAGCACCCCAGACCCAGAAGACCUCUUUGAUGACAUCUAGCCCAUAAUGCCUGUGGCACAAUCUCACGGUGCCAGAUUGUUUUGUAGUAAAGUGUAUGCAUGUUGUAGGUCUUUUAUUUAUAUGAUUGUUGAGUAACUAUUACAAGCAACUCAUUAUUUUUUUUAUAAUAAUAACAGCCAUUGAUUCACUGUAAGAGUUUGUUUGUUUUUUUUCUUCAAAAUAUAACAAAUGUACUUUCAACAUGAUUAUACUGUAGGUUGGAUAUGAGCACAUAUAACCUAUAAAAUAACCUAUAAACACAGGCUCUAAUAUAUACAGCAGCACACUUGAAUCAAUAUCAUUUUUCUCUCUUCAUCUGGCUUUGAGCUUAUCUGGAGAUUUUAAAUGCAUAUUGUCACCCAAGUGGAAUGCAAUUAGGAAUUCUGUUCAGUGCCAGCAGGGAAAGAUCAAAGCCUAGUGAGGACAGAUACAAAUAUAAAAGUGAUCAUUUAUAAUCCAAUAGUGGAGCAGCAGAAGAUCCCCAAACCACUCAGAAUGAAUGCCAACAUCGUCAUGUGAACAAUCUGAAGUUACUUAAUACAUUUUGUCACCUUAUUUCACAACCUUAAGUUACAACUCUCAAAUAUACAAAUAAAUGAAGCUAAAAUGAAACUGUGAAUAUUUCGAGGUUAAUAGUUCAAGCCUUCUUCAUUGUGUCUGUUAUUGAUCCUCUAUUGAAAUACCGUACUGUAAAUGCAGCUCCCAUGUGGUCCUUUACCUUUUUGGUACAUUAGUUUACACUAGUUGCUUUUGCUACUUUAAAGAUUUAGAAAAAUUUUCCCAGUUUUAAAAGGUUCUUACAACUUACUAUUGCUGCCUCUUGUAUGUGUGUCUCAUUAUGUAUCAUUGCAAAAUCCUUUAUAUACACUAUUAUAUACACAUAUACACAUAUACACACUAAUAUUGUUUUAAUAAUUUCACCCACAUGUAGGAAAAUUAAUCACCUGACCAAACUCCUCACUACCCAUGCUCAAUGUUGGGGAAGUUGCUUUUAAAAAUUAAUUUAAUUACAUUACAGUUACUGUACAAAUUACUUGUACAAAAUUGUAACUCGUUACUGUAACUAUUUGAUUUUUUUUUUUUUUUUUUUACAGUUACAAAUAAUUACUUCAUAGUUCACAUUUAUAGAGAGAUUUUUUUUUUUUAAUUUGGUCAGGCUGCAGUUUCUAAAUAUUAUUUGAAGAUCCAUCUAUAAGACCCAGUCAUUUCCUCCUCUGUGGGCAUUCCAUCAAGAUGAUAUACAAGUUACUGAAAAAUGUAAUCUGUUGUAUUGUAAUGUGUUAUUCCCCAACACUGCUGAUAAUAUGUGAACAAAAUCACCUCCAUUUAAUCUUCUAAUGUUUUUAUGUGUGCUUUUGUAUAGAUGAAAGUCCUUCUGGACCAUCUUUACAGUGUGUAGUGGGUGAUUAAAAAUGACCAUGUGAUUAUUUUCUUAAAAGGAUUUCCACAAAGCAUGCUUAUUAUAGUGGUGUUUUAUACUAGGCUCCUGGAUAUUAAAUCAAAAUAAAAAAAUAAUCUAAAUAAAAA